AUGACUAUGUUUAUUCCACUGCUGCUGCUGAUCUGCUCUUUCUCCACGGCUCAGCUUCAAGAGGAGCCUGACAAUGAAAUUAUUCCACAUGGAAAACAGACUGAAUCCAGAGGAGGAGAACCAACAAAUGCCUCUCAUCAACAACCAGCCUGCCCACAAGACAUUCAUGCUGUGCUGAGAGAGAUGACUGCCUUGUUGGCUGUACAGAGGGUGGAGAUGAGUCACUUAAAAAGAGAAAAUGAAGCACAAGUGAACAACUUGAAACAGGAGAUCAGUCAACAACAGAGAGAUAAUGAAGCACAAACAGCAAAGCUGAUGACCGAAGUGGACAAUUUGAAGCAACAGCUACAAGCCAAACAGGUGGCUUUCUCUGCCUCUCUGUUGGCUUCAGGCUCAGGAUAUGUUGGACCGUUUAACACACAGACUCAUCUGGUCUUCAGACAUGUCGUCACAAACAUUGGAAACGCCUACAACCCAAACACAGGGUUUUUCAUUGCACCAGUGAGAGGAGCCUACCACUUUGAGUUCUACAUAAGUGCACAUGGACAUAAUUCACAUGGUUCAGCUGCUGCGUUGUUCAAGAAUGGAGAACAUAUUUUUAUUGCAUAUGAACAUCAAAGUAACGGUUAUGGGAGUUCUGCCAAUGGUGCCACACUGCUUCUAGAGGUUGGAGAUGUUGUGUUUUUACGUCUGUGGCAAAACACAAGGAUACAUGACAAUGAACAUCACCUCAGCACCUUCAGUGGUCAUCUGCUUUUCACCAUGUGAGAAAGAAACAGUCCUUUUUCUUCACACACUGUAGCAGUGUACCAGUCUUUGUUGACAGAAGCUGUUUAAUUAG